AUGUCAUUUCAAAAUAUUUCUAGAAAAGCAAUCACCGAAUUUGUCUUUGGUGGGUUUGACACUGUGCAAAGUCCAGUGGCUGUUGGUGUUAUUUUGCUCAUACUGUAUAUUCUUGUUAUAACUGCUAACAUUGCAACAAUUUGCUUAAUUAUUACAGAUAAAAAAAUGCACCAGCCAAUGUACCUUUUCAUCUGCAAUUUGGCAAUUGUAGACAUGCUCUACUGUACAAGUUCAUGUCCAACUAUGAUUUGUAUUCUUGUCAUUGGUUAUAAAACCAUAUCUUAUGUACCAUGCAUUAUUCAGUCGUAUAUUUUCCAUGUGAGCAGUACGAUGGAGAUGUUUGGUAUUUCAGCCAUGGCAUUUGAUCGUUAUAUUGCUAUUGGAAGACCUUUACAAUACCAUUCUGUUCUAACAAUUUGCCGUGGUUUUCUCAUAACUGUCAUACUGUGGACGGGGGCUUGUGCAUUUAUGGCACUGUUACCUGUUACUAUUGUCCCUCUACCAUUUUGUUACUCAGCUGUGAAGUACAUGUUUUGUGACUUUGCAACUGUUGUCAGUGCAAGUUGUGCAGAUCCCGAACCAUAUUUUAACAAUGCAUCCAUUUUAAUAACCACUCUCAUUUUUGUAACAUUUAGUUUCAUUUGCUUGUCUUAUCUAAAGAUUUUUGUUGUUGUUAUAAGAAUGCCUUUAAAGAGGGACAAGAAAAAAGCAUUAAAUACUUGUAUUAGUCAUUUGAUAGUCAUAGUCUGUUAUUAUGCUCCACGUAUAGUUUUGACCAGGACUGGUGUAGUAUUAACAAUGGAACAGCGAAUUGGAUUGAUGGUUGGGUCAAUUACUGGACCUUCUUUAGUAAAUCCUUUCAUUUACUGUUUUAGAACCAAGGAGAUCAGAAAUAAAGUAUUGAGAGUUCUCUCAAAAGUUGAAGCAGCUUUAUAA